GAGACGGCGGACCGGAGAGGAGUCGCUAGAGGACACGCGCAUCACGACAGAGAGCAGCAACACGGAGUUUGCUUCUUCUUCCUUUUUUUUUUAUUUACCUUUCUAAUUUCUUGGAGGAGGACGACGCACACUGAAGACGAGAACUAAGCGAAAGUCUCCCGCGCCGAGCGGCUCCGGCUCGCGGUGAAGUUUUUGGAGGGUUUUUUUUACGCACAGGUGCGCUGAGAGGAUUUAAGGGACGCAGCAGUCGGAUGGUUGUCGGCUUGGUGGAGAGGAGUCACUGCCUCCGCGCAAGCCUCAGAUGAAGAUGAAGUCUGCGGGCGUCGUGGAUGGAGGCUUGUUCACAGAGAGCUAUUGUAACAUCUGCAAUGCCCAGCUCAUCUCCGAGUCGCAGCGCACCGCUCACUAUGAGAGUAAGAAACAUGCCAACAAGGUACGUCUGUUCUACAUGCUUCACCCCGAAGACGGAGGACCGCCAUCUAAAAGACUGAGGCCAGACAACCCAGACUGUGCGGAGACAGAAGUAGACAGAAAUAAGUGCUGUACCUUGUGUAACAUGUUCUUCACCUCUGCAAUUGUGGCGCAGUCCCACUACCAGGGCAAAACCCACGCCAAGAGAGUUCGCCUGGUGCUGGGGGAGCCUCCCAGCCUGCCCACCGCCAUGGCAAGCCCCACAAACACAGACUCCUCUCCGUCCACCCCUCUGCCCACCGACCCCGCCGCCUGCACCCCUCCUCCCGCCGCCCUGCCCUGGCCCGUGGCGGUGGUCAGUGGGAAUGGCGGAAGAGAGGCCGGCAAGUACUGCUGCUUGUGCGGAGCCUGGUUCAACAACCCGCUGAUGGCCCAGCAGCACUACGAGGGCAAAAAACACCGCAGGAACGCAGCCAGGGCGCGCCUUCUGGAACAACUAGCGGGCAGUCUGGAUGCCACGGAGACCACAGGGCUGCGCAGUAGUUACUCCUGCAGUGUCUGCAGUGUGGUCCUCAACUCCAUCGAGCAGUACCAUGCACACCUCCAGGGCUCCAAGCACCAGAACAACCUGAAGCAACACCAGCAGUAAGCCGGGAGGCAGGCCGCUCUGGAAAGAAGAGGAAACCAAGACAGAGAUUAUUUCACAUAAACAAACUUUCGAAAGAAAGACUGGUGUCAUAAACCGACGAGAAUCAGAAAGUACUGUAGAGUAACUUCAGUGUGCGUGUGUGUGUGUGUGCGUGAGGAUCACUGAAUGAGUGUUACUUUCUAUCUCUGAUCCAAAACUAUAUCUUCAGAACUUUCGUCGAGGAGUUCUCAACGCUGAAGAGCCGUCAAGAAAAAAAACUGCAACUCCAGUUGUGACCCACAAUCCUAAGAACUGAAGCGAUGUCAGCGCAACGCCCAGAGCGGUGCAAGCAGCUACAAUGAUCGUCAAAGAACAGCAGGAAUAAUAAUUAACCCGCAGCCCACCAAGUGCUCUGGCGGUGGACCGCGUCUCCACAGGGUCCCCCCCACACACACGGCUCACUUUCAGACCACUUGAGACCUUCUCAGGCCCUGACUUUUGAACCCAAGGACAAGAAAACUCCCAAGACCUCAGCCAUUACAGACUGCAUGACCUGCCAUAACGUCACACAGAGGUUGUUUCUUUAUUUUUGUUUGUUUUGAACCUCGUGUUGUCUGUCAGUGUAGUGGAUCGGUCUCUUUUCGAAUGGUGAUAGUGUCAUUUUUAAAGCCUCUUCAUAUACAUGUAAAACACGAGGAAAGAGGAAAGAAAAGCAGAAAAAAGACUUCCAAACUCUGACUCUGAACAGGGUCCAUGCAAUUUUGUCAACCACCGCUGAAAACAUUCCCACCGCAUUACAAAUACUGAUGUCAAAUGCAGUGUGGAGCUGUCGACUACUUCUCUCAGAAGAGAUGUGCAACAUGUAGAUAAUAUUUAUAUUUUUCUGUUGCUAUAUCUAGAGAGACAAAAAAAAAAAAAAAAACUCUCACUCUAAAUCCAUGUAGCAGUCAGUGUACAGAACACCUGAGAUGUGAGAUAAUGCAUGC